AUGAUGCGUCUAGGUGCAUAUUUCAGCUCAUCCCAUACAUUCGUCAGAGAAUCUUACCAGAGACUUUGGCGUAAUCUGAAGGAGAAAGCAUCCCUUAAGGGCACAAACUAUGUGGAAUGUUAUUUUCGGAAGGAAGAAACCAGCUGGACAGCAAGCUGUAGUGCUAGCUUCUCUACAGAACUCAAGAAAAGUAUCAUUUCUAUGGACUGUUUGUUCAAUAUUUCAAGGCACCAUGGUGGUUCAAAGGAAUCCAAAGUACAGCAUCUGAACCAGCAUGGACAGAGUACUGUAGAUGUAAUGAAAGCCAAAGAAAUGUCAAGGAUCAAAGCUGAAAUAACAAAAAACAUGUUUUCACCAAUUGAUUCUGAUGCAAUUCAGGCUACAGCUGGACAAGAGAUGCAGGUAAAACUUCUGCAGUCAUUGGGACUGAAGGUUACACUGAUGACAGAUGGUAGCUCACUAUCAAUUUGUUUAGCAAAGCACAAGCCGUCCAACAGCCUGGCUCCUCUGAGGGCUUCUGAUUCAACAUGAUUGACUGAAGUGUAGCACCUUUGUUGUGUGUACAAGUCAAUGCUUCAAAUGCCAUUCUGUCCGCUGAAUUCAAACUGGUAGAGCCACUUAUAAUAAAAUUAAGUGAGGAAACAGAAAUGCAGGAGAUGGACACACAUGACAAACUUGAAAAAAUUCAUCUUUGAUUUGACAUGUUACUUGCUUAGUGUGUGGUUCCUUUACAAAGUCAAAGUUAAUCUUUGUUUUACACUGUGGUACUCUGACUUCGGUAGCUUGAUCUCUGAAGUUCUUAACAUGCCUCAAAUAGUUUUCUGGGUAUUCUAGUCAAGUUAGGAAAAAAAAAGGAAGAGGUUAUAAGAUAGUACAAUAAGACAGUCUGGUAUGAUCCUCACUAAUGUUAACUGUCCACAAACCUUUUGACUGUUGUUUCCUUGAAGGUUCCUCAGUGCAUUGAAUUCUCAAUAUUUGAGUUAUUUGGUUACUCUGGGUAGAUGAAGGGUGCUUAAAAUCAUUAAACAAACACAAUUUAACAGAGCCAAUUAAUUGUGGCUAAAAAACCAUUGAAGAGAUUUCCAUUUAGAGCACUUCUUUUUCUCUGGAUUCCAUUGUGAAUUAAAAUUAAUGUAACUUAUUCCUCAUAGUAAUGAUUAAAAUUGUCACUAAUCUUUGGCACAAAAGAUAUGUUUGUUUAUUUCCAACUUGCAGUGCUGUGGAGAUUUAAGCGGGCUUGCUUCAUGUUAGCAAAAAUUUCAACAUCACUGUCCCCUUCACAAUCUAACCCCAAGCUUUAAGUAGAGGGGAAGGGAACUAUUCCUGUUACAGAGUGAAAAACUUUGGAGGAUGAUAAGUUUCCAAGGCUGCUUUUUGUCAAUGUAACUUGUAUUUUGAAUUGCGAUGCUCUCUUGGGGUGUCUCUUCAUUGUAUGCUUCACUAGGUUGAGAGGUGGUGCCUAAUCAAGUGUACAGUUGUGGUAAAUCUUUCCAAAACUUUUGUUAUGGCUGAGAAACAGAACAACUCCAAUGUCACCCAAUUCUUUUUUAAUGACUCAGUGCCAGACUACUACUAUUUAACAGUAAUAGUAACCUAUGAG